AUGAGAAGCAUCUUUGUUGUGGCGGUGGCCGUAACGGCCUACUGCCAAUAUGCCUUUGCUGGAGGCAUGUCCGGAGGCGGCUACGGAGGCGGUGGCAGUGGCGGAGGCGGCUACGGAGGCGGUGGCAGCAGCGGAGGCGGCUACAUGGGCGGAGGAGGCGGCGGAGGAGGCGGUGGCGGAGGCGGAGGGGGAGGUGGAGGAGGCGGAGGAUAUGCAGUAGCUCCUCCACCAUACAACCCACCCGCACCACCCGCACCGCCCCCACCUGCACCACCUGCACCACCUGCACCUCCUGCACCACCCCCACCCUGUAGUGGUGCCAGCUGCGGUGGCGGCGGCGGCGGUGGCAGCUACGGUACCGGAGGAGGCAGCGGAGGUGGCGGCGGCUACGGCGGCGGAGGAGGCAGCGGAGGCGGUGGCAAGCGGUGCCUGUGGCGGCGGUGGCAGCUACGGUACCGGAGGAGGCAGCGGAGGCGGCGGCGGAGGAGGCAGCGGAGGCGGUGGCGGCGGCUACGGUGGUGGAGGAAGCGGCGGCGGCGGCGGCGGUGGCAGCGGCGGAGGCGGUGGCGGAAGUGGCGGCGGCGGCGGGUAUGCUGCUGCACCACCACCAGUUGGACCACCACCAGUCGGGCCACCCCCAGUUGGACCACCUCCAGUAGGACCACCACCAGUCGGCCCACCACCACCGGCGGAUAUGCCAGUGGUGGAGGAUAUAGAAGACGUGUAUUCAAACGAAAGCACAUGUCGAUGAGGAGGAAACACUUCAGCAGGGCUUAA